AUGCGUGGUACCGUGGUGCUCCCCAGCCCUGCUGAAGCUUUGCCAGGCAGAGCCCAGAGGAUGACAGUGGCAGCCACCCACGCUGUCAGUGGGAAUCCCACACUGCCACCAUUCCCAGUGGAGAUGGAGACAGCGAUUUUCGGCAUGGGAUGCUUCUGGGGGGCUGAGCAGCUCUUCUGGAAGACACCAGGAGUCUUCUCCACCCAGGUUGGCUUUGCAGGAGGCUUCACCCCCAACCCCACCUACAAAGAGGUGUGCACAGGGCUGACUGGACAUGCCGAGGUGGUGAGGGUGGUCUUUGACCCCCAGAAAAUCAGCUAUGAAGAGCUUCUCAAAAUCUUCUGGGAGAACCAUGACCCCACACAAGGCAUGAGGCAGCAGGAGGACAUUGGCACCCAGUACCGCUCUGUCAUCUACACACUGGGCCCCCAGCAGCAGGGAGCUGCUCUCCACAGCAGAGAGGUGUACCAGCAGGAACUGGGGACACAGCAGCGUGGGGACAUCACCACGGUCAUCGAGCCAGCUGGGGACUUCUACUACGCCGAGGACUACCACCAGCAGUACCUGCACAAGGUGCCCAAGGCCUCCUGUGGCAUGAAGGGCACUGGGGUCACCUGCCCCAUCGCCCGCUGA